UUGCGAUAAGUUGUGUGUCGUCUGAUGUGAGCGAUGUAUGUUUGUUUUUACUGUCAGUACGAUUUGAUGUGUUGACAAGUUCUUUUAAAUACUCGUAAUUUUUCUGUGUCGUCACAAUAAAACAUGUUGCACGGACUUUACGAGGUCGGAGCAGCAUAUAUUUCGAGCUUACAAAAUGGGUUGAAGCCACUGGAAAACAUAUUACUGAAAAUUUCAUCAGCAUCCGAUCCAGCAGCAGUUGUAUCAACUGUUUUCCCCCUUGUUGUUGCAUUUGACCCACAACUAUCGGCUGAAGUUCUAAUUGUGUCAACAACUGCAGAAUGGUUAAAUACCCUAUUAAAGUGGCUGUUUAUGGAGCAUCGCCCAUAUUGGUGGGUGCGGGAACAGCAGUCGCACAUAAUGCUACAACAAACACACAUGACCUGCGAAACUGGCCCAGGUUCCCCCUCAGGACAUGUCAUGGGCACUACAGCUGUGCUGUAUAUCUUCCUGUGUUGGUUUAUUAAUACUGUACUGUUGCCAAGUACAGGAAAAAGUGCUGUAAGGAAAAUGCUGCUGAUAAUUCUCUCAUUGACUGCCUUUAUGGGGACUGUUGCAUUGGUUGCAGUAUCAAGAAUGUACAUAGCUGCUCAUUUUCCACAUCAGUGUAUUCUAGGCUUUAUAUGUGGUGUAGCUGUUAGCUGGCUGGUAAAAAAACUGAACUGGUGGAGGACAGCAGGCAGGCUUAAAUUAACGAUUGCUGCUGCUUGUCUUAUGGCAGUUUCUGUUGUUUCUUAUUGGCUACAGAAAAUUGCAGGUGUGGACCCUCAAUGGUCUGUUUAUCUUGCUCUGAAGUGGUGCUUCCAAGAGGAAAAUGUUAACAUAACAACCACACCUCUAUUUUCUCUUGUCAGAGUGGCUGGCACUACAUUUGGGGUAGCUCUAUCUGCACCAGUUUUUAGAUUACGAAAGAGCCAAAGACCAGUGAAAGCAUUUCUGGCAUCAUAUGUUGCUGCUCUGUUGAUUGCAGGUGCCUCUGAAACUGUUACAACAUCUAAUGUGUUUAUAUUUUACCCACUACAGUUUCUUCUGUUUACGCUUCAACCAUGGUUGCUGUUUAAAAUAAUACCGGAGGUGAUGUGAAGUUGAAGCUUUGGUUAUUGUUGCUGUUGCUUAUAUGAAGUAACCUAAUGUGUUGAAACAACUGAAAAUCAUUUGGAUUGCUGAGAUGCAGAAAUACCAUGAAGAUUGUUAGAGACUGCUUCCAUAUACGGAUUUGUUUCCAAGACAAAGGCAUAUUAGUUUAUGUCAGCAUGUUGUAUAAAUGUGAGCCUCAAAAUUCAUUCAAUUGUUGUAUUUGCUGUUCGUGUAUUUAUAGUGUAUUGCAUCUGUAUAAAUAUAAUAUAGAAUAAUUUCAAGUUACAUAAUAUUGAAAGUUGAAACAUGCACUUAUUGUAUGCACUAAAUCCACAGAGUGCAAUCAUCGCAUAAUUAUGAUCAUUAAUUUGUGAAUGUGUUGCAUUAGUUGCACAUUUUUGAUAAUAUUGUUUCUGUUUGAUUUUGCCAUAAGGUGUGGUUGAUCUGUGUGACUUAAUGUGUGAAAAAUAUGUGCUACUUAUCAGAUGAUAAUGUGACUUUGGGGCAAAACUCGUGUCAAAUUUUUGAGUUGAAAUGUUUUAUUCUGUGAUGUAGUUGUCAGAUCCUAUAAUUGUAAAGUCAAGGUUUAAAACUGUUUAAUGUCUCUUGUUUCAUCCUUCAGUGACUAUUCUGCUGAAAUUUUAUCACUCAUGAUAUCUUGGUACUUAACCUCAAAUUUUCUGUGUAGAGUGACUUGAUUGGAGACAUGAUAUACAGUUUCAAUACGAUGAACCAAACAGAUCACUGUUUCAUUUGUCAAUCUGCUUCUGUGUGUGUGUGUGUGUGUGUGUGUGUGUGUGUGUGUGUGUGUGUGUGUGUGUGUGUUUCUUUCCAUUUUUUACCUGAUAUCUCCCCAUGUGAAAUUAUAAACACUACUAAAUGUAACCAGUCAUUUAUUAUAACUAAACACAGAACCCUAUAGUAAAUUCAGAAUAAAGAAUACAGUAAUUGGGUUACUUUGUGUGGCUGAUUGUAUCUGUGUAGUGCAUAAAGAGUCAAAUGUAAAUAUGCAGCCUUUAUUGUCAGUAAUUUAUUUAUUUAUUUACUUCUUCCAGCACACAUUGUGGUAUAGACCAGAACCCUUGUCCCAGAUAUCUGUUUUACAGUAAUUUUGCACUUGAACAGCUUUACCUGUGUGCAUGAUCAGUAUUCUUGGGAUAAAAUAUUCAGGGUAUUCAGAAAUUCCCAUUAGAGACUUCUAGGACUUAUAGAGAGAAUGAGUAUCUAACAUUUCGAAUAAGAACCCAUGUGUGGACAUGUCAUCCAGCCAUCCUACAGAGCAUCAAAGUUAUAGGCACCAGCACCUGUAAAUGUAUGUAUAUACAGAAUGAUUCUGUGAUGAUGUUACAAACUUUAUAGGAUGGCAGAGAAGGAUAAAUGUGUUGAGGUAUUGGUCCCUGUAUCAGAAACAAAUGAGUCGAAAGUUACAAGCGAAAACCGUUCUGAUGCCUCUGACAGUGGAAUACGUGUACUGGUACUGUUGUCAAGAUUGUAGGGUAGGCAACUUUCAGAGGUGGUAUUAUGGACUAAAACAGGAAAAAAGCCUUUAAACAUCAUCCUUAAGAACUAUGAGCACUCAUUCAAUAGAGGAAAUGUGUUUCACACUAGCUAAGAUGAACAAGUGCUCGUAGCUCCUAAGGUAUGCAUUUAGAGCCCAUGUUUAGUGGACAUUUUUUCUUUCUUUUGGUCCAUACUACCACCUCUGAAAGUUGCCUAUCCUACAAUCUUAGCAGCAACAGUACCAGUACAUGUAUUCCACUGUCAGAGGUAGCAGAAUGGUUUUUGUUUGUUUCCGGUACUGGCGCCGUGACCUCAAACUGAUACAUUUAUCUUUCUCUGUCAUCCUGGAAAGUUUGUAACAUCAUCAUGGAAUCAUCCUGCAUAUACAUACAUUUUCAGGCACCGGCACCUAUAAUUUUGAUGCUUUGUAGCAUCAUUAGUUGAUGUUUCUGGACACAAGCUCCUGUUCAGGAUAUCUGUACUCACUCUCCUCUACAAGUCUUAGAGGUUUGUACUGGGAAUUUCAGAACACUCAUUAUAAUGGGAAAUAGUUCAAAACCCAAGUAUAAAUUCUAACUAAAGAUCCUAAUCAGCCACAGCAAACUACACAUGCUACUACAUAGUUAACAAGUGCAUAUGCACAAGUCAAUUAAGUACACUGAAAUUUGCUGCUACCCCCAUAUGCUAAAAGUCUACAAAACAAUCCGAGUGUACACUUCGUCCAUUCAGGUGGUAUUUUACACAAAGCAUCAUCUACAAAACACACAAAAAACUCAUCACAUCAUAUUGGUUUAGAGGUGCAAGUGUACCACUACUACCACUGAACAAAUACUGAUCAUGAACUGAACUAGCGUGCACAGAUGUACUGGAUACUGUCUGCUGUAGUAGUGUCUCAUCAGGUGUUUCUGAAUCGAAGUCACUUUCACUAGCCUCAACAUCCACAUUGUGAAACCUUUCAGAACUGUCACUGAAAUUAUCAUCACUUUCUAAAACCAGCUGCUGUAUCUCCAAAUUUGAUAACAAAAAAACCUCACUAAUACAGUGGUAAACACAGAUGAAAAGGUGUGCUUUUUUGUGGUUGUUUCACUGGACACAUACUGUCGACGUGCACUCGAGUGUAAAAUGUUAUAAAUAACACAGAAUACGCUGUGUUGCCUGAAUAGAGCUGCCAUCUAGUGGACGAAGCUCAACUAAUACCACAGUUUCAAUGGCAUGCAGAUAACUUAUCAUUCCCACUAGCUACUAACCACAGAAUGCGGCAGCCAGAUGUAUCCAUCCAAUCCAUUGUGAUUUAGCAGAGCAGGGACGGAUAUAUCUGCCAUGCCUACUUAAAGGGUAAAGCACAUUUAAGAUAUUUGUACGAUUGUCGUAGUCACCUUAGGAUAGGCGAGUAGACACGUAAAUCAUUUAUCACUUCUCUCUCCUUUAUUUAAAAAAGUGUAUUGUUAUGUGUUAAACUAUUAUGAAAGACUAACAGCAACUGGAAUAAGUUGUGAAGAUCAUAAAUACGCAGCUAUAAUUUAACAAGCAGUAAGUUAUAAAUUCCUGAAGUGUACUUAGCAGUCUACAUUGUUUUGAGUGAAAGCAUAUUUACAGCAUGUGUAACUCUUAUUAUUGCUUCUGUUUUGUAACCUGAAUUAUUACUGUGUAAUCCCAGAUGUUUAAGAUUGUAUUUCAUAUAAAUGAAUCACAGUAAUUAUUGUAUUUUUAAAGGAGGUCACUUCAGUUAUAUGCAACUACAAAGAAAUUAACAGUUACUGAGAUAUGAAAUGUCUGAAGCAAUGUAGUCAUUCUUGGGAGUGGUAUGUUGAGGAUUGAUUAUUUGGGUACAUGAGUGAAGAAAAGUAACAAUAGUAGGCUUCAGACACUAUUAUGAAUUAGGUACCAAUAUAUAAUUUGUGUUUCUGUUAAUGGAGCCAUAAUAAAGAGCUCUUUAUUUUGUAUUCUACCAGCAGCCUCUUUAUGUUACUUGUUAUCUCUCUCAAGUGAAUAGCUACAUUUUACCAAAAAUAUCAUUUUUGUCACUAUUCUAUUUAGGUGUUAUAAAAUGUUGUUCUGUUGUGUGAAGAACUUGGAUCAUAUAUAUUUGAUAGACUUUCUUUAGGUGGCCAUGCAUUUGGUGAUGUUCUUGAAGCUGAUAAAUGAGUGACAUUUUCUUCAGCAGGUACUGGUGUUUCAGUAUCUUGUUUCACCAAUUGCAAAAUUUGGUAUGAAAUGGUAGACUGCUUUUAUGUGGCACUAAGGCUGUAAAAAUUUGAGUAGCUUCCUGAUUUGAGUUCCUAAAAUGAAAAACAGGUUUUUAAGGAAACGUUUGCUAUACCAGUUUCUGCAGACAGAACAUUACUGGAAGUCUGUUGCAGGCGACCUUGAGUAGAGACGGAAUUUUUACAGUUAGAAACAUACACAACAUGUUUCUACAUGUUAUUUCAGAUACAAAAUACCAAUUUAUUGAGUUUGAUUUUGGUGCAACUGAUAAAGUAUCUAAUUUUGGAGGGAUAGAGGCUCUAUAAAAUAUGGUAUUUUAUUUUUAAAAAAUUAUGCAGAUACCCUCAUUAAGAAUUCGUAAAGGUACUGAAGCCAUAAACACUCUAUGAAAUCUUCUAUAUUUGUUUACAACAGAUGAUACUUUUCCCCAAAGUACUAAUGUGCUGAAACCAUACAGAUAGUGUGGUUUAAAUAACAUGGAAGAAAAGUAAAACUACCAUCACAAUGAUUCUGUAGUAAAAUCAAAUUUUUCACUGCAUAACUAUUUAGUGUCCACACUAGAUCAAACUUAUCCUCCAUAUGAGUCUGUUGAGUCCCAAAAUGGAAGCUGGAUUUGUCAGUAUUGGUACAAUGAUGGAUUAAUCAAAUAUGGUGCCUCUGGAGAGUUUUUGUUUCGGUAAUGUGGCAUUAAAGUUGAAACAAGUGUGAGGUAAAUUUACAAAGUAUUUUGUAAAUGCCCUAGCAGUAUAAUUUUUUACACUGAAGUAUUUAAAGAAAUUAAUUAAAUAAAACAUUAAUAGUAUUUAUGUCUGUUUCCUUUAGAUUAGAAGGUGCUCUCUGUAGAAUAUCCUGACCAGUUAAAGAGUCAAAAAGUUUAUUUUACCAUAGACUUGGUACAUAUACUUAAUCUGCACAAGAGCUUGAGCUUUAAGUUUCAGUAUUUUUUGUCUGUGACAUUAGUUUUCAGGCUAUUAACCUUCUUCUCUACUGUCUCACGAAGUGCAGUCAGUUCAUUUUCUGGCAAUAUUUCAAGUAAUCACUUGUCAUGACAUUCAGUUGUUAACAUUUACACUCACAUUCAGUAAUCAUAAGUACUUGUUGGUGAUUGUGACAAGUGUGUAGAAGUCUCUGCUACCCAUGUUCAUUGUUUCCAUGUGCAGGUGCAGCAUGCACAAGUGUAGAGAAGGAAAUUUGUUCAUGUCUCAAAUAAUAACAUGUUAAAUAUUUGCACAGUUUUAACCUUAUACAGAAUUGUACAUGGGUGCACAAGUGACUUGCGUGUUUAUACUUGUCAAGUACGCUGUGACAGGUGUAGCCAUCCUAAGGUAAUACUGCAAAAGAAUUGUAGCACAGCCUCUUUAGACAUAAGACACACCGUGAAGGAAAUUAUUGUGAAUAAUUAUGAUUUCAACCUCCAGUGAUAUUUCUCACAUAGGCCUGUGACAAAUGAAUUUAUGGGUGAAAAUCAUUUCCUAAUGUAGCACACAGACUAAUCCCUGAAAAAAGAUUUGGCUAAGAGCAUACCUGUCAGUUAAUUAAUUCUGAAGAUAAUACUCAAAUGUGACUUCAGGUACAAAAGCCCAUUGCUGCUUGUGAGGAUUAUAUUGAUAUUCUUUGUUACGGUCAUUUAUAAAUUCGUUUAUGAAAACUGAUCUAAAUGUCUAUCAAAUUGGUAGCAAUAAUUUGAUCAUAUUAAAUAAUUUUGUUGUUCAAGAGAUGUAAUGGAAAGAGGCUGAAGUACAGAUAUGAAUGAAAAUAAGUAAGACUAAUAUAAAAUGGUAAACAACAGAGGAAAAUUUACUAGUGUAGGUUGGUGCUGAAACUGUGAGGUUUUGAGGGGAAAUAACGUAACAGCUGAAAUCUUUGUACAUGCAAAGUUAACCUCAUGGAGCACACAGACAGACUAUAAAUCAGUAUGCCUCAUCAUUUUUGUGAGUUCUGUGUUUGAGACAUCGAGAUGACUAAAAGUUUAAUGUUACUAGAGGUGAACAGAAUAGUCUUUGAUUAUAGACAGUUGUAGACUAGAAUGUAUGGAAGUUGGAACACAGUUGUUAAAAAUAGUAACAAGUGGUAUCAGGUUUGUGUUUAGUGUAUGGUAUUUAAUGUGAGUUAGACCCAUGAUGGUACAUUGUGUAUGUCGAAGCUGCUAAAUCCCACCAUUUCUUCAACUUUCUCCAACCAUCACCCCCUCCCCUCCUCUCCACACACACACACACACACACACACACACACACACACACACACACACACACACACUCUUCUUUCUGUUUUUCCCCCACUUUCAACCCCAGCCUUAGAACUGAAGUGAAUUUUUUUAAUGUAGAGGAAAACCGCCUGUAGUAAGGCACAAAAAUGCAAAAUGAUAACAGGAAACAUUAAAGAAAACAUUAACACAGUGUCAGUUGUGUUGUGAGAAAAGAUUGUUUCUUUUCUUUUGUAUUUCAGUAAUUAUUUUUUUCUGUUCUACCCUGAGAAGGUGAAGCAUAUAUCCUUAUAUAUUGUGUGAAUAAAUUUUUCUGGAUGAUCCUAGCAUUUCUCUUAAAUGUUAUUGAUAACUUUCAGCUGCUUUUCUGUUGUCUCAAAGUGUUGAGAUCCUGAGCUGUGUGUAUCCAUUUAAAGUUUGAAAGCAAUGUCCGUAGCAAAAAUAUGUCAUGAAUUGUGGCUACUACUGAAGCCAUUCUUGAGUUUUCUUAGUCUAUUUUAAUAUCCUUCAUUAUAUUUGAAAAAAAAGCAGUAUUAGUAAUGCCAAAGAGUAAUGAAUUAUAUUUAUCAAGUUCCUGGAACUAUUUUUGUGGCUAUGAAUAGAGAGAGAGAGAGAUGUCAGUUGCUGAACUUGUCAAAGGUGGUUUAGCUACGUUAUUUAAUGUAGUUCGGAGUAUUCUUUUUCGGGCAGUGUUAAAUAACUAACACACAGUAGUAAUGCCAGUUUCCAGUUGUUUUAAUAUAAUUAAGUUUAUGUCAUCGGACUGAUGUAAAAUGCAAUGUUUUUAUUUCAGUACAAGCGGCAAAUUUCUAAUGACUUUCUAUUGAAUAUGCUGUAAUAAAAGUUAUGAAACUGUCUUCAAUUGUUGUAUAUAUG